AUACAUAUUAGCGGAAGCUGUACAGUGGCCGUUUUCUGCUAGGCUGCUGUUUCGUUAGCUUUUUUAUGUUGGUGAUUAAUUUAUUAUCUCGCGCAUUUUACACAUAUUACUGAGUUGUUUUAGGUGUUUUCGUGCGCUGAGUGAAUAGUUUUCCUCUUUGAACGGCCGUGUGCAUUAUGGCAGAUCCGUGCCGUGUGGAGGAACCUGUGAACAGAGCAGAAAGCUCCGAUCCUCCACAGCCGGAGAAACAGGAGGAGGGCGAAAGUUCGUCAACACAGAGAGCAACAGAACAGAGCAGCAGCGUAAAGGAGGAAGACAAAGCGAUUUCGAUUAAAGAGGCUGGGGCUGGAGAGGAUGAAGAAGAAGCCCACUCCAGUGGUCAUCAUCCUCCACCGUCCAAAAAGCUGAAGGUUGAGCCUGAUAAGAAGAAGGAGAAACGACACAAAGUGGAUGAGGACGAGAUCCAGAAGAUGCAAGUUUUAGUCUCUUCGUUUUCGGAGGAGCAGCUGAACCGAUACGAGAUGUACAGACGCUCAGCGUUCCCUAAAGCAGCCAUCAAACGACUGAUCCAGUCCAUCACAGGAUCGUCCGUCUCUCAGAACGUCGUCAUUGCCAUGUCUGGCAUUUCCAAGGUGUUUGUUGGAGAGAUCGUAGAAGAAGCGCUGGAUGUUUGUGAGAAGUGGGGCGACACCCCUCCUCUUCAGCCGAAGCACAUGAGGGAGGCUGUGAGGAGAUUAAAGAGCAGGGAGCAGAUCCCCAACACCAAAUACAAACGCAUCCUAUUCCACUGAGCUACACACACUCACUCUCUCUCUUACUCAACGGACUGAAGACGUUUACCAAUAAAACAUACCAAUCAUGCUGGAUAACUUAAAGCCUGAGAUCCACCCCUCUCAGUGAGACGUGUUGGGUAGUUGAAUUUUGCUUAUUUAGUUUUAGAACCGGAGCUACAGGGCUAAUGUAGCUAACAGGCAAAGGAAGCUUAGACCCACCAGUUAACAUCAUGCUUAUGUCAUGUCUCUUACCUCACCGUCAUCAGGCAGUGAAUUCAUAACCAUUUCAUAUAAUAACUUUCUGUGAAGGAGCUUUUAGAGGUGGACGUCUGGUUCCUAUCACCACCACUGUUUAGAAUGGAAAACCACUCUAAAUUGCUUUGUUUACAUCUUAACUGUUAAAUUAUGCUAGAAUUUAGAAAAAUCUGUGGAGUUGCCCUUUUAGAAGUGCUAACAUCAAUCAUGUCCUUAAGGUGUGUAAAUUUAGACAGCCAGUCUCUGUUGUACAGAACAAAUGCAUAUUGGCUGAUGCUGGUUGGCUAAUUUAAGUACUGAAAUUCUUCAGUAAUCACAUAUUGAAGUAAUAUUUUGGCACCCCGCCCUAAAAAGCAUAUAAUCACGUCUAUACUAACCACAAUUAGCACAAUGCUAAGUCAUGGGCUAUAAGCUUCCAUUUCCUGUUAGCAAUAUUAGCUCUGUAGUUUGAGCAACAAAACUACAGAAGCAAAUUUCAGGCACCAAACGCGUCUCUGCUGAUCGACUACAUUUGGAGUGAGGAGGAACUUUUGCUUGCUGAACAAUCACUUUAAGUUUAAAGUGAGGGUUAUCCAGUAUGUGGCUACUUGAGAAAUAUAUAAACACAGAGGGCGGGUCGGAAUGAAACGGUGCUUCUGCAUUUGUUCUCUGUGAGAUCUGUAAUAGAGGGAGUGGAUUAGAGGCCUGCUCAGCCCUAGAGAGUCUCUCUCUCUCAGAGGAUCUCAGGCUGCUUACAGGAAGAUUUGUGUUAAAGCGUCUGUUAUUUAUGCUGUUUUUUUUCCUAGCGGUUUAGCUGUGUGCUCACUGUAAAUACUCCUCAAGACUUUGUUUACGCCUAAUUAUUUUAGUUUAGACAGCAAGAAAAUAAUGUGCGCUUAUAAAGUGGUUGUCUUUUCUUUCUUAUGUAAAGAAGAAAAAUGUUCAUACAGCUCAGACAGAUGCGAGUUUAAAGAGCCCAUAAUUUACUUUUUUUUUUUUUAAUCGAUAGACAUUUCUCAAGAUUAAAAUGAUUUUUGUGAUUUUGAGGUGAAGCUUCUUUUUGAUUUUUCUGAAACUUUCUGUGUUUAGUGUUCUAGACUCUACAGAGGUUCUGAUUCUGUUGUACAGGUUGGUUUGUCUCAGAUUGAUACUGGAGGUUCUCCAGUAGAACAGUUUCAGAUCCGCUCACUAAACAAACCCCAAACAUCACAAACUCUUUCUAUUCUCUCCAGAUAAAAAAAAUCAUUAGUGAGGGUGUGUCUGUAGCAUUGGCCCCACCCAUGUCACUCUGAUUUCCAGACACUUUCUUCUGAUAAGAUAGGCCCAGGUAUAUAAACUCCACCUCUUUCUUUUUUCUUUCUUCUGAACAGAUACUGUUGCAUAAGCUCCACCCAUUUCCAUUCACAUUCUUCUGAUCAAAUACACCCAGAUGCAUAAGCCCCAUCCUUUUCCACUCUUUCUUCUGAUAAGAUAAAACCAGACAUCUCCCAUGUCUCCUCCCCACCUACUAUGAUAGGCUGCCUCCAGGAAUAACCUCCACCCCUUACUACUUUAUUAUACUUUAUUAUACAUGUUGUAUAAAUUUAUGAAAUGUUCAUCAAUCAAAUGUUCUCUCAAGUCAAUGUUUGCUGUUACCUUGUCAAUCAAAAGUGUGACCCCAUGCCCUGAGAAGUAUGUCCUGUGUAAGUGUGAGACGCCGCUUGUGUUUAAGAAGGCGUCGUCUGAACAUGCACUGUUUGCCUUAUCACUUCCUUCAAAUUGGCCAUUAUCUGUAAACAGAUUCACAGAGAACUGCAUUGAUGUCAGUUUAAAGUUUUAAAGGCAGGAGAUUCUUAAUAAACCACACAUUUAUGAAUUUUUA